AUGGAUUCGAAGACGGAUUAUCUCCGCCUUUUAUCACCUAGCAACAGUGCUACCAGCAGCAGUACCACAGCAACUUGUAUAAGCGAUAGCAACGACGUUGGCAAUGCCAGUACCACCAAUACCAGUAUCGUAUAUCAAAUCUCACAACAAACCUGGAACAUCGAUGAUAUUCCCCAUAAGGGGCGUGGUCGUUCUUGGAGCACUUAUGAGCCUAACUGGCUCAGCCUUACCGGUGCGGCAUAUGAUACAAAUGAGGACGAAUUAAACCUUCCUAAAAUAACGAGCGAAAGAAAAAGCGGGUCAAUAACCGCUGUUCCAGGCGUUAUAGACGAUCAGGGAAUACCCGCUGAACUAGACUGUAACUCAAUUGGAGAAGGAUCGCAAUUUAAUGUUAUUCCACCAUUGGUGAUUCCACUGAAGGAAGAUACAAAACAAUGUUGUGAUGCUCAGACUCAAACUGACAAAAGGAAGAAAUCAAAAUGGUGGAUCUUACUCCUAUUGCUUCUCUUAUUAUUGUUGAUAGGUGGCGCUCUUACGAUUGGACUGUAUUUUGGAAUUGUAUGGCCAAACUCACCAGAUACGCAACCAAGAGAGACAACUACCUCAUCAAGAUUACUGACUGCGAUAUCAUCAACAGGUACAUAUUCAACACAACGUUUUACCAUGACAACAAAGCAACACGUCACCGAAACAGAACUGCCAACAACAACCCCCCUUUCAACGCUGACAGCACACACAACAGAGGUAACUACGGAAGUACAGACAACAGAAGCUAGUACGACAGAAAAACGAACGGCAGAAGUUUCAACAACAAAAACACAAACAACAAAUGUACACACAACAGGAAUACAUACAACAAAAGUACAAACAACAGAGUUGACAACGACAGAAGUGCCAACGACCGAAAUCCCAACCACAGAAGUAUCGAAAACAGAAGUUCCAGCAACCAGUAAAACUCCAGUAACAACUGAUUAUGUUACCACAACGGUGGUCACUCUUUUCCCAGAUUUGUCGGAUUACUGUUUUGGAGAACCAGAUGGGACGAACGCCCAUCCACACAUGUGUAGACAAUUCAUCACGUGUCGAAACCAAGAGACUCUCAUUCAGACAUGCGCAAUAACAACAUGUUAUGAUGAAGGAAUGGGCGUCUGUAUACGUUGUGAGGCAGUCGACUGUGGGUCUAGGUCGACUGAUGAACCGUGACAAUGAUAGAAAGAAGAAUUAACGAUACAAAAUCGUCCACAAAUUAUAAUAUGCAUUUGUCGAUUGAAUCAACUCAAGUACCCUAACAAUAUGGAAAUUAUAUUUCAG